CAUUCCAGCCCAUGAGUCAAGUCAAUGUUUCUUUCUCAGUAUACGAUAAUUAUUUAUAAUUUCGUGGAAUAGUAUAAUAAAUCACUGAUGGUAGAAUGUCAGAAAUGACUGUUUCCCUUCGCAAGUGGGUAAAGAAGUAUAUAAGAGAACGAUUCAACGAUGAUAUUGAACAACAAUUAAACGAUGGAAGGGUAGAAGAUGCUAGGGAGAGGAAAAAGUCCGAAAAAAAUGAAACAAAAAUUUUAUCACAAUUAAUUGCCAAUGACAUGGUGAAGUCUCGUGAAAUUUGUGAAAUAAUUGCAGCUUUAAAGAAAAUGAAGGAUACAACAAACAAUGACGACGAUAAUGGGCAAGGUAACGUAAAUUUGGCAAAUAUUGACGAAAAUUUUCAGGCGUACAGGAGUGAUGAUCUAACCGAAAACUGGGAUGGCCCUUUGCUACCAUCAUCCCAGAUGGAGGGUAACAAUCUUUUUUUGAUUUUUGAUGAAAUUAAAAUGGACAAACCGGUCCAUGUGAGACUCGGUGGAUUUGAAAUGCUUCUGGAAAGUGAUUUGUCAAACAAUUGCAACAGCGAUGCAUUUAAAGAGCUUCUAAAUCUACUAAAGGAUGGCAUUGUUGACACGACAAGGGCAGUUUUUGAAGCCAGUCUUCGCCUUCAUGGAAAACUGCUCAACAGUCCUCGAUCUCAUGAGGUCUAUACCAAUCUUGUGAAUGCCUUUGAGGCAUUAUAUCACUCGGAGAAAUUCCACGAAAGCCUUCCAAAUUUUGGCACAGGCAUCAACUUCAAAAUAUUUAUCCACGAAAAAUUACUGCGAAUACUUUAUGUUAUUGUCAGAUUUCACAGGGAAAUGUUGAAGAAUGUGAGAAUCAUAGACAGAACAAUGGAAGAAAUGAUUGAUCAGUUUUUUGUUCUACUGAUGUACGAUGAGAGUAAGAAAAAUUCACACUGCAAGAACCUUAGCCCAUUGAAUCUAGUAUCUGUCCUGGAACCCCAUUCUAAUUGGAGUGAAAAAUGGAUCCAUAGUGUGGCAACGAAAAGAAUUUUCAUUUCUGCUGUGUCAAAAUCACCAACAUUACUGCAUACAGUAUGUGAAAUUGUACAAAAGGGCCUGGAUCAAACGACAUUCAAUGGGGCCUUUGGAUAUUCCAUAAAAGACGAUGUAAUCCAGUCGAUGUCCCGUUCAGUGUACAUAUCAGGUGAAACUGUAGAAACAAUAACCUAUUUGCAUUGUCUAAAUUUUGUAGCUCAAAUAAAUAAUUGUUUUGAUGGUACUUCGACAAAUAUGGCGCUGGGUUAUUUCCUAGAGUUGCCUUUGUCGUGUGAAGUUUUUACUUUGGCCUUGAUAACUUCACUCAAUUCACUGGCUACAACAACAAUUCCAAAAGCUAUUUACAACGCAUCGCAACAUGCCUUGAAACUCAUCCUCGAUCAGCCAACACGUUCUUUCGACUCUACGGUGGCUCAUGCUUCACUAAUUCCCCUCAUGAACAUUAUUGAGAACAAUGGAAAUUUGUGGACACACACCCUUGAUUUGAUUAAUUUUAUUCUUGAUUCUGAUGAUGGACUGUCAUUUUUUACAUCUCUGUAUCGAAGCACGCCUUCUGACGAAUUGGACUCAUCUUCUCUAGCUACUCCAGCCUCAAGUUUUCUAAAUUAUGCAUCUAAUCUUCUACGACAACCAAUAGCCCUCAUGAAUGUUGAUCAUGUUAUCCAAGUACUUGAAUUGGUUGGGAAAUUGUUUCAUAUUAUUAAAAAUUUCAGUAUUAUUCAUGAGAUAGUGAAAAAUGACUUGUACCCUUCGAUAGAAUAUUUCUACAAGAAAAUUCAGAAAUAUUCAAUAAGACAUGACAAUAACAGUCAACUUUUAGACAGCGUCAUUCAGGAAAUGGUAUUGAAAAUUGUAGCUUGGCCUCUUGGAUUACAAUUAUUAUCAAAAAACCAACAGACCCUUGAGGAACUAAUCAGGGGCUCCAUAAACCCCUUUCGCCAUUGCUGGAAUUCUAAUGACAUAAUUUUCUUCAUCUCUUCUGUAAGUUAUAUCGAUCCAGGCUGCAAAUUAAUGGCCAAUCUGAUUCCACAUACAGUAUCAAUGCUGUUAGAUGAAAUCAAUGGCAAUAUGGAUAACCCAGAAAAUUUAGCUGAUCUACGAGAUUGCAAACACGUAGAAAAAUUUAUUCACGUUCUUUCGCUGUUUACGCUCAAUACAAAAUGUUUUUUGAUUUUCAUGUUGGAUGAAGAUUCAGCUGACGAAAACUCCAGCUAUCCUCGUAAUUUAUGUCAACUCUUCAAUCAUGCUUUAACGAUUGAUUCAACUUUCCACUAUAUCAGUCUAUUAUCAUUAGAAACUGUUGUUUGGAAUCUUGAUAUUUUAAUUUAUUUACUCAAUCGUUACAAUUUACAGUCAAAGUUCCUUGAACUUCAAACUUCCUGUCUCAUUGAAGUUACAAAAUAUAAAGAAAACACUCAAGACGAAGGAAUUGAGGAAGAAUUUAAUGAUAAUGAGAAUUAUGCUGAAGAAAAUAAAAAUGAGAAAACCAAGGAGAGUCACGAAGUUCAUGUUAUCGAUGAAGGUAGCAUGCUUCGCAGCAGCAUUCUGUCAAAAUCUUAUUUUAUCCGUCAUAAAUUAGAAAAAUUGACUCAUGAUGAGAAUCCAGAAAACUGUAUACUCUAUUCCAAUUUUCCACCUACGACGACACUUGGAAAUAAUGAGGUAAUUUUUUCAAUGUCUGAGUCUCCUUCGGAACUCGAAGAAUUCCUGGAUAACUGUAAGCCAGGUCUCAGGGAUAGUGCUUGGGUCAUGCAGAUCAGGAAUGCCCAUCGCAAUUCACCGAAUCCAAUGAAGCACUCUACCUAUUUAAAUCUCUUGGAUCAAAUGGAGAGUGCAAUCGCGGCUGUUGAUUGGAUUGACAUGUACAAAUGGGAUGAUUCUAAAUCACCACCAUUUGGCCACCAGUGGUUGCCAGAGGAGGACAUCGGUCUGGAUUUGGUUAUUAGAUGUGCCGAAUAUCACUGGAAAAAUCCAAGUAGUACAUCCCAUUUCAAAGACAAACUUAAGAAAUUUUUUGAAUCAACCCACAAAUUCAUAAAAUACCAGAGACGUGAAUGUUUUGAGGAGUUUGACUGGUUUCUCGCAACAGUAGUCAUCAUUUGCGAGGGCAAUUUUGACAGAUGUAAAGAUUUUGUCAAGAGUAUUGUGCGAUUCCCAUCAACAAUUUUUAUGUGGAAUUUUCAUGGCAUAUCAUAUGCAAAAGCAAGUAAGAUUGAAAGUUUCGCAACACAACUCAGCCUGGCCCAGCAAAUUGACGCAAUUGUAAUUCAAGAAUUUCCUGGAAUGAACUAUGCUAUGAUGAAUGAGUGGGGCUUCAAAUGGUGGAUGAUCUGCAACCGAUUUUUAUCUCAAUGUUUCUGGGGUGUACUCGAAUGGUCGGAAAUUAUUCACUUUUUGGCUGUAUGCAUAUUAUAUCCUCCCGAUCACAUUGUUUACUAUUGUAUUUCACUGCUGCAACACUGUGAAGCAAAAAUCAUGCAGGACAUUGUUGACAAAAAAUAUUGGCCGGAAAGCAUUGAUUUGCGUAGUUACCAGUGUCACAAUUAUAUAGAUUACAUGGAUCGAUUAUCGAAAAAGUAUCGAAAUCAAAUUCUUUCAUCCCUGAAUCAAAACAAAUCUUCUGGAAUCGAAGAGGAUUAAGGAUUUUCAUUACUAACAGCCAUCCAAAAGCCGUAUUAUUAAAGAAAAAAGAAGAAGAAAAAAAAACUUGCUUACCUGUACUUGUUUGCUUUUCUCUAAUAAAAGAAUUCAAAUUU